AUCGAUGUCACUAGUGUCAUGCUGGUAAAUAUGUAAGUCACGUGUUAUCUGAAUGACCUUGACCUUGUAUUGUAAACAAAUAACAGCUGAAGAAUAUUACAACUCUUGAAAGAUCAUCUCUGGCCCAGAUCUUCAUUCUAAAAUGGUUCUUGCUUGGUACUUCCGUCCCUCUGAUGAAGACCAGCGUUUGCCACAUAUGAAGGACCCAAACAUUGCAGUUACCAUGGAUGACUUAGAGAAAAAGACAGGAGGGAAAUACUGGAUGAUUGACCCUACAGAAUACCAAGAAUGUGAAAUGUACAAAACUCUAAGAUCAGAGCGAGGUUACAAUUACGAAGACUGCAUUCAAGUAACAGAUGACAAGCCUGAAUUUCAGAAAAUGCUCAAGCAAUUCUAUGAAGAACACUUACAUGCUGAUGAAGAGGUGAGAUUUGUGCUUGAUGGAUCAGGAUACUUUGAUGUAAGGGAUGAUGCAGAUGCCUGGAUCAGAAUUCAGAUGGAGCCAGGGGAUCUCAUUGUUUUACCUGCUGGAAUUUAUCACCGCUUCACAUUGGAUACAAAGAAUUUCAUUAAGGCGGUGAGACUGUUUAAAGGGGAGCCAGUUUGGACUGCACACCCAAGGCCAUCUGAUAGCCAUCCAGCAAGACUCGCCUAUGUCAGUUCACAGAACAUGGGCUCUUAAUGGGAUUACGCUCAUAAAUCUUUCUGUCUUGCACAUGCAAUAUGCUCUGAUAUAAUGAUUGUAUGUUAUUAAUCAAGAAGGUGUUUCCUGUGUAGUACAGUGCUUUGUGAGCGAUCCUAGGUGAUUCAUUAGACCCUGGGGUUUUGAUGCAAUGAUGAGACUGUGAUAUACAGAAGCCCCAAAGUUAUUUACACAACAUAACUGGAUACCAAUCAAUCUGGAAGAAUGUUAUUUUCUACAUAAAUCAAGAUCUUUAUA